UGGGCGGGGCGAAAGCAGCCCACCACCAGCACCAAUAACAGUUGGCAGUUUUCUGUAAUAGGAAAACAGAAGGCAAAAUUACAGAGUACUAGAAAGAAACCCUAAUCUAGCUCCCGCGAUUUCUCUAUCGAGAAGAAUCGAAGAAGUAAAGAAGCGGGUGGCUAAAUAUGGGAAAAAAGAAGAAGAGAGCGUCUUCGAACGUUUGGUGUUAUUACUGCGAUCGUGAAUUCGACGACGAGAAGAUCCUGGUGCAGCACCAGAAGGCGAAGCACUUCAAGUGCCAUGUCUGCCACAAGAAGCUUUCUACUGCCAGUGGAAUGGCUAUCCACGUCCUUCAGGUCCACAAAGAGAACGUCACCAAGGUUCCCAAUGCAAAACCUGGCAGAGAAUCAACUGAAAUUGAUAUUUAUGGAAUGCAAGGAAUUCCUCAAGAUGUCUUGGCUGCUCACUAUGGAGAAGAAGAAGAAGGAGGUCCAGCAAAAGCAGCAAAAAUGGAGGUUCCAACAACUCAGCUUGUUGGGGGUGUAGUUCCGGGACAAUUAGGUGUUGCAUAUGCCCAUGCACCAAAUGUAAGGGCAAUACUGCCAGCUUACAACGCUGCAUUACUCAUGCCUCCUACUGGUUGGCCAGUUCCUCCUCGUCCACAGACUUGGUUCCCACAACAUCCAGCACUUUCAGUUGCCCCAGUGGGAUAUGCUCAGCAGCCAUUGUUUCCUGUGCAAAACGUGAGGCCUCCUCUUCCUACAUCUUUAUCACCUUCUCUCCAACCUUCACAAGUAGCCCCCCCUGGACUGCCAGUGUCCAUGCCACCUGUUCCUGUAUCGCAACCUUUGUUCCCGGUUGUUAGUAGCAAUUUAGCGACGCCAAGUCUAUCUUUACCUGCUUCUUUGGCUUCAACAAAUACUUCAACAAUUGCUGCAACAGAAGUUAAUCCAUCAACUAAUGCACAUUCUGGAGCAAACUCCCAAAUGACAAGCAGCUUCAAUGGUCCAAGCAUUUCAGGUGGGACAGUGAUCAAUUCUCAUUCUUAUGCGUCUGGUCCAAAUACCAGUGGUCCUUCCAUUGGACCUCCCCCUGUAAUUGCAAACAAAGCUCCUGCAAACCAGCCAGCUGUGAAUGAGGUCUAUUUAGUUUGGGAUGAUGAGGCGAUGUCCAUGGAGGAAAGAAGAAUGUCGUCAGCAAAGUAUCAGGUUCAUGAUGUAACCAGCCAGAUGAGCUCGGUUGAUGCAGCCAUAGAAAAAAGGAUAUCAGAAAGCAGGCUUGCUGGUCGAAUGGCAUUUUAGAUCAACUGGAGCCCGCACUGACAUGUGUUUACUGCUGGAAUCUUUUGGUGGAUGGAUCCUUCUAUUGUUGCUGCAGAAUUCAUUUAAACAGCAAGGAUUCCUGGUCUCAUUCUUACAUUGGAUGAUGUCGUAUAAAAAAAGAGUUGUAUUCUUUGCAAGAAAUUGAAUUAGUAGAAGGUAAAGUAAGAGGUCUGGAGAAGGAGCAUAACUUGCAUAUAUUUUUUGCCUCAUUUUUCUUUUUUCCUCUUUUUGUAAACCUUUUCAGGAGUAGUUAGCAAAAGAAAUUGUAGGCUAUUAGGAUACAGUCAUUCUUACAUAAAAUGUCUCUCUUUACUUGUUGAUUUGCAAU